AAUUAAAUACGAUCAACUGAAUCGCAGUCCACUUUUCGCGGGAAUUCAUUCUUAGCUCACCAAAAUGCCAUUCUUUCCUCUCCAUUUUGUCCAUCCGUAUGCGCAUGGCCAAUUCUAUUCAAAAUUCUCUUCCUUCAUUUGUCCUUUUAAAAUUCUUUUUCAUAUUUUAACGCAAUAAAAACGGAGAAGGUCUGAAGGCGAAGUCUCGUCAGCGAAGUACCAACUUUUGGCAUAUUAGAAAUCACAAAUCUCAAGUUUUAAUUUUGUUGAUGGCUUGGAAAGACAGAUGGGUUCGAAUUUUAGACGAAGGCUUCAAUUCAUGGUCAGUGUCUUGUGGAGCACUGCAUUUCUUGUCUUCUGAGCUGGAGGCACUAUCCUCUGAUAUCCCUGCAGGGUUUCCAUCUGGUGAUUAAUUAUAGCCUUCAAGGAGGAAGGAAAUCAUGACAUUUGAUGUGGUCAUGGACUCCGGGAAAAGGAAUGUGGUGGUGGGAGUCCGGUUUGAUAGCAGCCAUGCUAAAGAGUUGCUUGAUUGGGCUUUGAUUAAAGUUGCAGAUCCUGGUGACACUGUUGUUGCCAUUCACGUUUGUAGAAAUUCAGAUUCAAAUGCUGAAGAUAAAUACUCCUUGGAUAGUUACGUGGAUGAUUACGAGGGCAUAUGCACUAAAAAACAGGUUAAUCUAAAAGCACAGAUUUCAAAAGGAAGUUGUGUUAGAAAGGUGUUGGUGAGGGAAGCAAAGAAAAAUGGUGCUGUGGCUGUUAUUGUAGGAACUAGCAUGCGCUUAGCUAUUGGGGGUUGGACUUGGAUUGCUAAAUACUGUGCAAGGCAACUGCCCACCUCCGUUGGAGUUAUGGCUAUUCACAAUGGGAGGAUCGUUUUCAAAAGAGGAUCCAAUUGUGAAUACACAGGUGCUGCUGGAGAUCCUAGACCAAGUUUCUAUAAGGAAGGAAGAUCGACUUUCUGGGAUGGUCAGUCUGGACUUGGCAAAUCGGGAAGGCUCUGCCUUGAGAACAGAUUAAGAGAAGAAGAAUUAGGUGAGGUGGAGGAUACAAAGGAUGCAAGGCUUGACACCCCCGGCUGGCCCCUUCUACGAACAGAAACUCUUAAGGAUAAGGUUGAGUCUGACUCAAUCUCUAAAGAGCUCUCAAAAGUUGCGCUUCCUAGGAAGAUGUCAGUGGUUCAGUGGGUAAUGACCUUACCAAACAGGUCUUUCCUAGACUCUCCUAGAUCAAAUUCUAGCCCAAAGAGCGGAAGCACUUCUGAAGAGGAAACCUGCAGCAGCUUUACAGACAAGAGUGAAAGCAAUGAUUUGAAACUUAUGAUUGAUACAAACUUCACUGGCUUCAAAUGGUUCAGCUAUACUGUUCUUAGAGCAUCCACUUCUCACUUCUCAUCAGAGAACUUAAUAAGUAAAGGAGGGUGUAACAAAGUAUACAAGGGGCUGCUUCCAGAUGGAAAAAGAGUUGCGAUAAAGAUUCUAAAGUCAUCAAAAGAAACGUGGAAGGAUUUUAUGCGAGAAAUUGACAUAAUGGCUUCAGUUAAUCACGAACACAUUGCACCUCUACUCGGCAUUUGUAUUGAAGAUAAUGAUUUAAUAUCUGUUUACAAUCUUUUAUCCAAAGGAAACUUGGAAGAAAAUUUACAUGGAAAGGGAAAGAUAAAGUCUUCACUUUCUUGGGAAGUAAGGUUCAGAAUAGCUCUACAGAUGGCUGAAGCCCUGAACUACCUGCACAACAAACGUCCUCGGCCUAUCAUUCACAGAGAUGUCAAGUCUUCAAACAUUCUACUUGGUGAUCUGUUUGAAGCGAAGUUAUCUGACUUCGGGUUAGCGAUAUGGGGACCCACAACAACACCAUUCAUGACACAUACUGAUGUGCUGGGAACAUUUGGUUACCUUGCUCCCGAGUAUUUCAUGUAUGGAAAAGUCAGUAACAAGAUUGAUGUAUACUCCUUUGGAGUUGUACUGUUGGAAUUGUUAUCAGGGAGAAGAGCUAUUGGAUAUGAGGCUCAUGGUGGUCAAGAAAGCUUAGUUAUGUGGGCAAAACCUAAAUUAGAGAGUGGAGAUUUGAAAGGCAUACUUGAUGAAAAUCUGAAUAUGAAUGGAGAUGAAGCUCAGGCGCACAGAAUGGCUCUUGCAGCAAGAUUGUGCCUUACACAAUCAGCUCGUUCUCGUCCCAAUAUAGGACAGGUAAUGAAGAUGAUAAGGGGCGAGGAAAAUAUUGAAGAAGAAAUGCAACUGCAAAUUGAGAACGAACAGGAUUCACAAAAUAUGGAUGAUAAUGAUGAUGAGGUUUAUCCAGAGUCGAGCAGUGCAGCAGAGUCGCACUUAAGCCUUGCCUUACUCGACGUAAAUGAUUGCUCUUCCGCGUCAUCCAGCAGUGUGGAGCAAAGCAGCCCUUUAUCUGUGGAAGCAUACUUGAAGAAAAGAUGGAACACAUCUUGAGGCAGCUUUGACUAUCCCUUUCCUGCAGAUUCCUAAAUAUUUAGGGCUUCUUAUUGUACAGUAAAACAAAAUCUUGCACCCUUUUGCCUCUAAUGAGGUGUUUCAUUUGUGUUUAGAUGCGGAAAGGGCUGGCAAUAUCACCCGCAACUGUGGAUACCCGAUCAACCUGAACCGAAAAUGUGGAUGAAAAUCCGAAAAAUUAUGGAUGAAAAAUGGGUGACGGGUGAUUGAAAGAUGGGUUGGAUCGGGUGUGGAUGACCACUCAUCCAACCCAUCAACCGACCCAUCACCCGCUCCAUCCACCCACCCGCUAACCCACAUAUAAACGUAUACAUAAUAAUUAAUAUUAAUAUAUUAAUAUAUAUGUAUUUGUUAAUGGAAAACACACAUAUCUAUGAAUUGGUGAAAUAAAGACAAUUGAAGAGUUUCAACGAAUGACAGUUGAACUACAAAUAUAGUUUUGUGUCGAUGCAAAAA